UCUCGCGGUGUCUCCAAGAGGAGCGCCCACAGCCACUGCACACAGCAGUGAUGGAGUCAUUGAUUUUAGGCAAUCUGGCUUUGAAAAUUUUUUAAAUUAGGGAGCAAAAAUGGGAUUUAUCACCUUGAAACGUAGAGCGAGUGCUGACUUGAAAGAACACGUGGAUUAGAUUCUAGACACAGACGCUCCAUCUAAUCAGUGCGUUAUGCCAGGGCUUGCAGACCAUCUUUCCACUGCACCCAAGCUCAUGGUUAUGGAGCCUAGUUAAGAAUGGCCAUUAUGAAAAUGCUCUGCCUAGACAUUCAAGCUUCUUGAGACAAUUCUGCCUAGGGACCUUCCAGCACAGGACCAUGGAAGUCCAUGAAUUGUUCCGGUAUUUUCGAAUGCCAGAGCUGAUUGACAUCCGGCAGUACGUACGCACCCUUCCAACCAACACACUCAUGGGCUUUGGAGCUUUCGCAGCACUUACCACCUUCUGGUAUGCCACAAGACCCAAGGCCCUGAAGCCACCAUGUGACCUCUCCAUGCAGUCUGUGGAAGUAGCGGGUACUGAUGGCGCUCGAAGAUCAGCGCUCCUCGACAGUGACAAGCUCCUGGUGUACAUCUACGAUGAUGUCAGAACACUGUAUGAUGGCUUCCAGAGGGGCAUUCAGGUGUCAAAUAACGGCCCAUGUUUAGGUUCUAGAAAGCCAAACCAGCCCUAUGAAUGGAUUUCCUACAAACAGGUCGAAGAACUGGCUGAGUGCAUAGGCUCUGGGCUGAUCCAGAAGGGUUUCAAGGCCUCCCCAGAUCAGUUCAUCGGCAUCUUUUCUCAAAACAGACCUGAGUGGGUGGUCAUCGAGCAGGGAUGCUUUUCUUAUUCUAUGGUGGUGGUUCCACUCUACGAUACCCUUGGAGCUGAAGCCAUCACCUACAUAGUGAACAAAGCUGAACUCGCUGUGAUUUUUGCUGACAAGCCCGAUAAGGCCAAACUCUUGUUAGAAGGUGUAGAAAAUAAGCUAACGCCUUGCCUUAAAAUCAUAGUCAUCAUGGACUCCUAUGGCAGUGAUCUGGUGGAACGAGGCAAGAAGUGUGGGGUGGAAAUCAUCAGCCUGAAGGCCCUGGAGGACCUUGGAAAAGUGAACAGAAAGAAGCCCAAGCCUCCAGCACCUGAAGACCUUGCAAUAAUUUGUUUCACAAGUGGAACUACAGGCAACCCCAAAGGAGCAAUGAUCACUCACCAAAACAUUAUAUGUGACUGCUCAGCGUUUGUGAAAACAACAGAGAACUCAUUCAACGCUUCCCCAGAUGAUACUCUGAUAUCUUUCUUGCCUCUCGCCCAUAUGUUUGAGACCAUUGUAGAGUGUGUAAUGCUGUGUCAUGGAGCUAAGAUAGGAUUUUUCCAAGGAGACAUCAGGCUUCUGAUGGAUGACCUCAAGGUGCUUCAGCCCACUAUCUUUCCUGUGGUUCCGAGGCUGCUGAACCGGAUGUUUGACAGAAUUUUUGGACAAGCAAACACUACAGUGAAGCGAUGGCUGUUGGACUUUGCCUCCAAAAGGAAAGAAGCUGAGCUUCGCAGCGGCAUCAUCAGAAACAACAGCCUGUGGGAUAAACUCAUCUUUCACAAGAUACAGUCGAGCCUGGGUGGAAAAGUCCGGCUGAUGGUCACAGGAGCAGCCCCAGUGUCCGCCACAGUGCUAACAUUUCUGAGGACAGCUCUUGGCUGUCAGUUCUAUGAAGGCUAUGGACAGACUGAGUGCACUGCUGGUUGCUCCCUGAGCUUGCCUGGAGACUGGACAGCAGGCCAUGUUGGUGCCCCCAUGCCUUGCAAUUAUCUGAAGCUUGUUGAUGUGGAAGAAAUGAACUACAUGGCUGCCAAGGGGGAGGGGGAGGUGUGUGUGAAAGGGGCAAAUGUGUUCAAAGGCUACUUGAAGGACCCAGCAAAAACAGCAGAAGCCGUGGACAAAGAUGGCUGGUUGCACACAGGAGACAUUGGAAAAUGGCUGCCAAAUGGCACCUUGAAGAUUAUCGACAGGAAAAAGCACAUAUUUAAACUAGCCCAGGGAGAGUACAUAGCACCAGAAAAGAUUGAAAAUAUCUACCUGCGAAGUGAAGCCUUGGCCCAGGUGUUUGUCCAUGGAGAAAGCUUGCAGGCAUUUCUCAUAGCCAUUGUGGUACCAGACACCGAGAACCUGGGUUCCUGGGCCUCGAAGAGAGGGUUUCAUGGCUCCUUCGAGGAGCUGUGCAGAAACAAGGAUGUCCAGAAGGCUAUCCUGGAAGACAUGGUGAAACUCGGGAAGGAAGCUGGUCUGAAGCCAUUUGAACAGAUCAAAGGCAUUGCUAUUCACACAGAAUUAUUUUCUAUUGACAAUGGCCUUCUGACUCCAACAAUGAAGGCAAAAAGGCCAGAGCUACGGAACUAUUUCAGGUCACAGAUAGAUGAACUGUAUUCCACCAUCAAGAUUUAACGUGAGGAAGACUACUUUGAAGAAACGGCACACCUCCACAAUCUCCUUGUACCAAUGGCCUUCACAUUGGUAACUGCCUGCAGCAAGUGUAGGAAAGGAAAUGGCCAUGAUGGACUGACUUGUCCACAGGGUCUUCCCAUAAGGAUAUUAGAGGGCACGGAACACUGCCUUACAGUCUCUUGUGUUGCAGCCCAUAAUCCUGGUGAUACACAAUUUCCAAAACGAGCCUUAAAUAUUGUCAAGGGGAACCCGUAAGUGCUAAGUUAUUUAAAACUUCCUCAACCGAUAAGGUGGGUGUUAAAACUCUGUCUCCUGUCUUUCUAACUGAGGGUUAGGACUUCGCUCUUUCUGAUUUCUGCUACUUGCUGCACAGCCUGCAGCUGUCUGCUGCUUUGAAGAGUACAGUGCACUGGAGGAAAAUUGCCCCUUUAAGAAUAAGAACAAGUGUCCAGGCUGAAGAAAUUCACAGCGGACCACAGAUUUCUCUUUUUAAAUCCCUCUCCCCUCCACUUCUCCACCCAAUAUACAACGCGCUCCCACAACCCAUCUGAUUUGUAAAGGUUCCAGAUGGUCUCUGUUGUGCCUGCUGGGACACAGACAGAUCCUCCUCAUAACAAUGUGACUACCAGUCUCAAAAAAAAAAAGAAAGGAAGGAAGAAAGGAAGAAAGAAAGGAAAGGAAAGGAAAGGAAAAGGAGAGAAAAGAAAGGAAAAGAAAAGGAAAAAAGAAAAAAAUGACAGCUCCCGAGAGCCAGCAGCUUCCCACUGGCUCACAUAGCAGGAUGCUCUUAGAGACUCUUCUCCAGAUCUGGUCCCCUCCCCCUCUUCCCAGGGGUUAUGAGAAAUCCUGCCUUAGACUCUGCAUUGAAGAUGGUAUUUCAAAGAAUGACCUGGAUCUGCCAUGCUCAACUGUGAUGCCUCCACCCCUGUCCACUUGCUCCUCGUGGAACCAGCUCAUGUCUGUGAUAGCCACUGGGCUCCAAUCGUGGUUUUCCUAGCAAACGAUGAUGUGCUGAUCAACUUGCUUUUUUUUUCCUCCCAAUUAAACUCAGGCAAAGCAUGUCUUCAAAACUAUUAAGGGAGUUGGUAAAUGUGGGUACUUAUUAAAAUGGACAGUAGUAAGUAAAUGUAAAACUACCUGGUUUCUGUGAGAUGCAUUUGUCAAGCCAAAAUUCUGGGAUGUAGAAAUCUGGGGGAAAUCCUGGGAUUAACUUCUCAAGGGAUUUUUUUUUUUUUCAAAGUUAAUUUGGGAAAUUAGCAGCAUUUUACUCUAUUGCGAGUCUUUGCCACAUUUGACCUAGUCAAGUUGUCGUUUAUACAUUUGAAGCCACUCUUGUUGGCUGUGUGACAGUGUGUGUCGUGUAUUAUUGAAGCACAACAGGGUUUGCACUAAAGAAUCGUCAUUGUAAUAACACUAUUUGGUAGUCUAACUUCAUACUUGUAUUCUUAAUUGCACAAGAAGUCGACAAUUUUCACAAUGGGGUUUUGGAUGUUUGCUUUCAGUGUUGGCUAUUUCUAUGUUUUAUAAACCAAAACAGAAUUUCCAAAAAAAAAAUAAUGAAGGAAACCAAAAUAAAUAUUUCUGCAUUUCGA